UCUGCGUACUUGGAUGUUUAUACGAACUAUACUAUUUAAUUUUACCAUAAAAAUCAUAACGGGAUACCGUAAAUAACCUAUGCUUAGUUUAUUUAUUAUAGAAACUGAAAAUGAGUGACCCCGUGCCGAGAAAUGUGAAGUCGAUCAAAAGCAGACUUGACACAAUUAACCAAAGCGACGCCGAAAGGAAAUCGAACGUAGCCAAAGUUCAGUCACAUUUCCUAGUAGCUUCGAAUAAAUUAGACAAAGUUACGCGGCGGGUCAUUGCGCCGUACGCUCAGAUCGAGAGGAAGGGCACCAAAGACGAGGACGUCAAAGAAGGAACCUAUUUGGAUAUCAACAGGUUCAAUAUCUUCUUGGAAGACACAGUUGACCUGGAUGCGCUGCUGUACGAAACCGCUAAUGUUCUCAAAACUGUUACUAACAGUUGCGGUGUUUUUGUUUAUAUCGUGAACAAGCUGAAAAACGAGAUCGUAUUAAUGACUGAAAAUACGUAUAACCCUGACCGUCACGAAGUCAACAUACCAAUUGAGGAAGGCAAAGUGGCAGCAGCACACGUAGCAGCGACCAAGGAGUACUUACUCCUCGCGGACGUGCAGCGGGACGGUCGCUUCGCCGAGGGUCUGCGGUGGAUAGAUGCGAAGGUCGCGCUGUGCAUGCCUGUGGUGAAGCCUGACGGCGAUUGCUACGCCGUCCUCGAGCUGUACCGGUCAUACGCCGAGCCGUAUGAUAAUAAUGUUCUGUACAUGGUGGUGAGCGUUGCAUGCUGGGCAGGUGCGGCCGUACACCAGGCGCAAGCGCGAAUCACUCUACAACGAACCGCGCAUCUUAACCAAGAGUUGCGGGCGCUUUUGCAGGACUACUUCUGCGACCUUGCCUCCAUAGAUACCAUGCUCACGGAUAUGUUGGCAGUAGUGAAGUCUUUUAUCGGCGCGAUGCGCAGCAGCUUCUUCAUUCUGGACCGGGAGCACGUGGGAGAGCACGUGCUCGCGGAUAUGUGGGACGACGGCUGGGCGAACGAGAAGUCCACCAUACCCAAAAAGAAAGUCAAGGUUAAUCUUAGCCAAGAGCCGACGCCAGCGGAAUUGGUCGCGAAAACUGGCGAAACGCUAAACGUUCAAGACGCCUACAAAGACCCCCGGUUCGCCAAAGAGAUAGACCCCACUACUGGCACCGUGGUCCGAUCCUGCCUUGUGGCGCCUAUUCUGGAUAAGACAGGUGUUGUAGGCGUGGUCCAGUUAACCAACAAGACAAACGCUCAACCAUUCAAUGCUGAAGACGAGAAAAUAUUCCAAGUGUUCAUAAAUUACUGCUCACUGAUUGUGCACUUUUAUAAUAUGCAGCAGAACAAAAUAUACUACGAUAACCUUAAAAAAGUUUAUAGUGAUAUUAUAAAGUUGCACUUAUCGCCAUGUCGACACGACAUGGACGAAAUCAUGGAGACAAACGGAAUCGUUUUACCGCCAAAUAAUUUUAAAAGCUUUGACUACCAUAUAAGCGAAGGCAGCAAAGAAGAUAUGCCAGGUCUAGUCUGCUACAUGUUCGUGGAUACGUUCGCGGAUAGGAACUUCGAGAGGCAGAAUUUGGCGGAGUUCGCGCUCACUAUCCUGCAGUGCUAUAGAAAUAACCCGUACCACAACGCAGAGCAUGCCUUCUGCUUCACGCACACGAUAUAUUUAAUACUGGCCAGUAAUUGUGGAUAUUUUGAUUUCGUUGAGACUGCGGCUCUGAUGAUAGCUGGGUUAUGCCAUGAUCUUGAUCACCCCGGAUACAACAACAACUUCCUUUCUUUAAGCAAGCAUCCUCUGGCACAGAUGUACAAGUCGUCGAUGUUAGAAUAUCACCAUUACUUCCUGGCGAAAAAGAUCAUUGAGGAUAAGAAUCUAUUCAGCAAACUCUCCAUUGCCGACCGCGACCGCAUUUUACAGGAAAUCAAAUAUAAUAUCCUUUGUACUGACCUUGCGGUUUAUUUUCAGAUAAGAGCUCAACUUACACCAGUUUUAACGGAACGUGCUUUCGAUUGGACAGAUAAUUCUCAUCGCAGGCUUUUAAAGGGUAUUUUGAUGACCACCAGUGAUUUAUCUGGAUGCUGCAAACCUUUUGGUGUCUCCAAGGCCAUAGCUCAAGAUGUUUACGAAGAGUUUUAUAAUCAGGGAGACAAAGAGAGAGAGAUGGGUUACACUCCUCUCAGCAUGAUGGACCGGCACCGCAGCGUGAACCAGCCGGCUGAGCAGAUCCAGUUCCUGUCAGUUGUGGUGCUGCCAUGUCUGCUGCUGCUGCAGAACAUCUUCCCCAACACCAGCCCGCUCAUUGACAACUGCCGAAAAACACAAGAAGCUUGGCACGAGGAGAUUGAAAUCCGUGGACAAAAGUUGUGGAAACAAGAGGAAUCUUUACACAGCUCAGGAAAAACUCGGUCUGUCAUUAAACUUGAUAGCGAAUCGUAAAAUGCGACAA